UGUGAGUGUUUGUCUUAUCUUGACGGUAGCAAUUUAAAUUUAGUGUAAUUACACAAGUUUGCGCUGAUUGAUCCAGUGAAUACUGUAAUCGAAGCAAGAUACGACUAUUUCGAGAAAUUAUAACUAACUGACACUGGUAUCUUUCUACCAAAGCUAUGAUGAAUCUUGAAUCGGAAGAAGAAAUGGACGUUGAUGAGCCAGAUGCAGUCGACGAGCCAGAUCCAGUUGAUGAUCUGGACUUGAUUUUAGGAGGCGGAGAGGGUGCCAAUGUUGGAAGCGAUAAUGAUGGAAAUCCAAAUGAAGGCGAUAGUGACAACCAGGAUGCGGCCAAUGGUAUGGCACCAGGAGAGUCAGAUGGAACCAAGAAAGAACCCAAGAAGAAACGUGUCAUCCUAAACCCCCAGCCAAAAUUAAACUACCACACAUUGACAGGCAAGCGAGGCCUGUGUGCUAUGAAAGAGAUUUUUGCUGAUAUUCAGCUGAAAGGCAAAGGACAUGAGUUGUCAGAUCUGAAUAGAGUGAUGACAAAACUUGAGUACUGGACCCAUAGGCUUUUCCCUCGUUACAACUUCGAUGAAGUGCUAGCCAGAGUUGAAAAACUGGGUGCAAAACGUCAAGUUGAGGUGUAUAUGAAGAGAAUGAGAUUAGGAAUGGAUGAUAUUUUGAACCCAAUCUCCAAGGAGUUCAUUGAUGAAGAACCGGCUUCUCCGCCGCCUCCAGAACCGGAACCCUUGGGCGAUGCCUUUGACUCCUUGCUGCCUACUGAACCUAUUGUUCCUGUCACUACACCAAAACCCCGGGUUGAAAUUACUGAAGAGCAGAGAGAGCGAAUGGAACGUAAUCGCCAGCUAGCCCUAGAAAAACGGUUAGCUCGAAUAGAAGCUCAAAAAGCAGCCGAACAAAUGCAAGCAGGUGAACCAACUGCAGGGCCAUCAGGUGUCAGAAGUAGAGCUCCAGCUGACGAUACAACGCCCUCAGGUAACUUAUUCGAAUCCUCCCAGGUACUGAGUAACCCUAAUACUUUAGUUGUCGAAGAUUUGUCAAGUAGUGGUGAAAAGCAAAUUAGUGAUAUUUCUAGUGGCGCACUGCAUGGAAGUCAACCCACUGCAGGGCCGUCGGGUGUUGAGCGUAGAGCUCCGACUCCUGAUGCAAUGCCCUAUGGUAACUUAUUUGAAUCCUCCCAGGCACCGAGCGAUGCUCAUGCUUCUGAUAUCUUGGAUAGUGAAGCCUCUAGUCACGCAGACGUCCCUUUUGAUCAUUCUGAUCCUGAAUUUAACAUCAAUGAAAAGGAAAAUGCUGUCAAUAACAAGUCAGGAAUUUCUGAUGUUGAUCAGUAUUCGAGGGAAGUCGAUACCAGUGAAAAUGUAGAAACUAAUUUCGCACCAAGUCCUUGAUUAUUAUUAGUGGAAAUCGUAAAGUUGACUUCACCUAAGCUUGCAAUUCAGUGAUGUAAUUCAUUAAGUCCAUAAGUUUAAGUAGCGUCGAAAAGUCCUGAAGAAUUCUUGAUAAUGUUUCCUUUUUUUAUGAUUGAACGAUUCGCAAAAAUUUUUUAAAAUCUCAGAAUUUUGGAUUAUUCGGUCCAUCUCUGCUGAACCGCUAUUCACGCAAUACAAUUGAAUUGUAUGUUUCUCCCUCAUCAUAAAACAUGCAGACGUAUUCCAAUUUUUUUGCAAUCUGUCCCUUUUGUUUCCUACUUUAAGUUAUCUUUCGGACUUAAAUAAUUUCCUGUUCUGUGAAUCACUUUAAAUUCUUGGCAGUCAAACUGAGCCGGUCUUCAAUCUAAUGUAUUUUUUGAUGUAAGCUUUGUGGGCUUGGCACUUUCUUGUCUGGAAAGUGGAUUAUCCGGACGUAUUUAAUUGGGAUCAGCCUAACUUAGCCAAAAAUUGUCCCUUUUUUUCUUAUUUUUCAUUUUCUAAACAGAGAACUAAGUAACUGUAACCUUGGAAUUUUGUGAGUAUAUUUUUCAUAAUUGGGGAUAAAUCCGUGGAAAGUUCAUAUACAUAAAGUAGUUUCGUUCUUGUUUAAAAAAUAAAUCACAAGAGAAAAUUGGGCUACAUAAAAAUCAGUUCGGCUAAUUCCAGUCAAAUCAUUUCAUUCAUAGGUUGAAUUCAUCACGACAGCAAUGAAAGUAGUGUUCACUGACAUUGCUCAUUAGUCUAAAUUCAUCUUUACAGCACUAAAAUCAGUCAUUGAAAUAAUUUUUCUUCGACUUAUUCACCAUGGAAAGUUGCUGAUUGUGAGAUAUUCUUUGGACGUCUCCUUUAUGUAAAGCAAGCCCUGUAUAUGUAAGGGAGUGCCAACUCCCUGAGAGGAUGGGGAGGAUUGGGUACUGUGUUGGUUUGGUGACGCAGGGCGCUGUGAAAGUGACUCUUAUGUACAUAAUUUACUAUUCUUUUUUAACUCUGCCUCAAAAUAAUGUUUUCGAUUGACAUCUAUGUAUUGGGCUUCUCGUGAGGAGGGAUGCGUCUCUGACAAUAGACACCUUAGCAAUUUUUCAUGAAAAAUUAAAUGUUAAAAUUUCAUGUGAAAAAUUCCUAGAAAUAACCGAAAAAUCUGAAAGAUACUGAAAAACUUUUUUUGUAACUGAGUGAAACACAAGUGGUUUUUGCUUUUUGGUUGUUUUUAGUAUAUGUGGCAUACCCAGCACCUGAAAAAUUCAUUGAACUUUCAGAUUAAUAUGAAAGGUCAGACAAUGAAAGUCGAAUGAUUUUUGCUUUUUGGUGGUCCUGAAAAUGUGUUCGAUGUUUUCCUUAUUUUUCACAGUCCUGUGAAAUUUCACCGCAUUCUUCACAGAAAUUUUCAAUCUUUCUUAUUUCUCACUUCACUUGUGCAACCCUGAUUGGGGUGAAUCAAGUUCCAAAGAUUAGUGAUCGUGUCUUGAGGUCACGGUUUUAUGGCACAUGGUUACAUGGUCGCUAACUGCAAGUUCUAAUUAACGACUAGAAGGGAAGGGAUUAGCAAUGAGAGUACUUUUCCUCAAAAUAAUCCAUGACUGAAGGAAAUCUCAAUUAUAUCAUCCAUCAUUUAAAAGUGUGCCAUCUUUGAAUCAUGUGUAAGUUGCCAGUGCUCACAUAUUAUCAUCAGGCUAGAUUGAUUGAGUUGCUAGCUUUGAGCCUUUUGCUUUGAAAUAAUCGAGAAAAUUAAGACUGAAGAACAUUCCGUUGAGUGUUCUACAGUGCUUCUAUCCUUAUAAAAUUAGUUUAAUCUGGCAUUGAAUUGUCUCUGAGACUGCGCCAGGCACAGAAACGAGUUCUUAGGUUAAGUCUGUUGAGUUUUUUUUAGAUCCGAUGAGAGACAUUUUUUUUUAAAUAGCUUGAGAUGCUUUUUGGAUUGGCUAACACAGUCAAAAGUUUGUGGCUUGAGUAUUGAUAAUCACCAAGAAGAGGGUGGUCAUCUCUUAUGCAACUUACUAAAGUUGCAUAAUCUAUAUUUACGUACUAAAAUUUUCUCGCAACUUACUUAAAAAACUUCUCUUGUUUUGAUAGAAUUUCAUAAUUUUUUUUCUGGUGUUUUUCUUUUUUUAAAUUUUUGAGAUUCGAUUUUUUUUUUUCAAUUUUUUUCUUAAAGUCAUGUUGAACCAUCAUCAGCAGCGGCUGGCUUUUCAAAAUUAUUUUAUUGUUAUCUGUACUAGGAAUACAUGAGUUCUUACCCAGCCUUCUCACAAUCAGUCUGUUUAAACAUCCCUUUUUUUUCAAAAAUUUUGAAAGCCAUUACUGCUGUGUUUGUCUGUGACGUUGCAUAAAGCCUGCAAAUUUAACGGUGAUCCUACGUAAAACACGUCAUUAGGAAACUCAUGUAUUUUUUUUUCAAAAUGGUGUUUUGUCUUUGAAAAAGUAGGGAACAACAUGAGUCUUAUGUUAAAUAUGCGCAGAGUACGCAAUAUUUUCAUGGGAUUCGGCACAUGUGAAGAAAUUGCCCUUUUUCAUAUUCAUAUUGAAAACGUAUUGACAUUUUCCAAAA